AUGGCUGAGGCCUCGGCCAGCUUCACACGACACUCGCGAGCCUUCUCGGCCAGCGCCCGCAACGCCUUGGGCCACCAGCUCUCCAUGGGCCGCGAUGCUGCCGCGAUGCUCGCCAUCGAGACCCAGCUGCAGCAGCUGGGCAUGGAGCACAAUGAGCGACACGCGGAUACUGUACACAAGCAGGCGGAGGAGGAUGAUGGGUUGGUGAGGGAGGAGAAUGCGGUGGAAGAGGAAGAGGAAGAGGAGGGGUCGGGGAGGUGUUGGAUCAGGGAUCGGGAGGGCGACGCGGGCAACGUGGAUAUUUAG